UCACUCCAUCGUUCUCUGUUCCCUUUCGCUUCUCUCUCUCUCUCUCUUGAGAUUUUCCGUCAAAAUAGAAUCGAAGAGGAAGGGAGGAUAAAAGCCAACAAAACAAGAAAGUACAAUUUUUUUCAGAUACAUAACUUCUUCGUCUUAAAAUCCUCUGUUUUAUUUCUUCUUCUCUGUUUCAUAUAAAUAAGAAACACACACAAACACUGUAUCUUUGCUUCUGUCUCUCUCCACAGAGUAAAAGUUCUGAUCGUGUCUCUUAUCGUUUACCCAUCUUCUCGAUCUCGUCUCUUCUGCAGUUUGUUGGUUCCUCUCCAAGUUUUCAGGUUUUUUAAAUUUUUUUUCAGAUUUAUUAGGGCUUCUUCUCCUUUUCUGUUUAAAUUCAUUGAAUUGUCUGAAAAUUAGUACUUUUUAAUUGAAAAAUUCGAAAUUUAGGGCUUUUUUUAAUUCCUUUAAAAUGGUUUGAAGAAAUUAGUGUUUUGUUAAAUAAAGAUUCUCUCUUUAAUGGUGAAGAUUGUUUUAAAGCAUGUACCUUUAGAUUAGUCUCUCCAUUGUGAUAUUGUAGAAAGGAACUGUUUUUUAUAGUCUCUGCCCUUAAAGUAGGAGAAAGAUUAGAACAUUUUGUGAGAGAGAUGGGUAAUAAGCUGGUGGGGAGGAAGAGGCAAGUGGUGGAAGAAAGAUACACAAAGCCACAAGGCUUGUAUGUGAAUACAGAUGUCGACAUUAAGAAGCUUAGGAAACUCAUUGUUGAGUCUAAGCUUGCUCCUUGCUAUCCUGGGGAUGAUGAGAGCUGCCACGAGCUCGAGGAAUGCCCCAUUUGCUUCCUGUACUAUCCUAGCCUCAAUAGAUCAAGAUGUUGCAUGAAAAGCAUCUGUACAGAGUGUUUUUUGCAAAUGAAGAAUCCUAACUCAGCUCGGCCCACUCAGUGUCCUUUUUGUAAAACACCAAACUAUGCUGUUGAGUACCGUGGAGUAAAGACCAAGGAGGAAAAGGGCAUGGAACAAGUUGAAGAGCAAAGGGUAAUAGAAGCGAAAAUAAGGAUGAGGCAGAAAGAAAUGGAGGAUGAUGAAGAGAAGAUGCAGAAACGUAUGGAAUCAUCCUUUUCCUCUAGCACAAGCGCAGUGACUGGUGAAAUGGAAUACGGUUCUGCUGCUUCAGCAAUAUCUUAUAAUGAUCCCAUGGAAGACGCUGAAACUUCUUCAUCACAGAACGUCUCAGUUGCUAGACAGCGCUCCCGCCGUUCUCGAGGAAACAGGGACGAAGAGGCUGAAGCUGACCUUGAAGAGUUGAUGGUCAUGGAAGCAAUAUGGCUCUCCAUGCAGGAAACAGGGAUGCGGAGAGAUUCAGGUGGUGGAGAAGUGACACCUUUUAGGCAGUAUGUAUCAGAAGAAGAUCAUAGUUAUGCAGAACCAGCAACGCCGUCUUCAUCAUCUGGUGGACUUCCUUGUGCAAUCUCUGCACUUGCUGAACAACGCCAGCAAAUGGUUGGUGAAUCCUCCAAUCACAAUCACAACGUCAACGUUUCUUCGUACAGUAUGCUUCCUGGCAACUGCGACAGUUACUACGACAUAGAACAAGAGACAGAUGACAUUGAACACCACCACCACCAUCAUCAGCAUCAUCAUCAGCAGCAUAAUUAUUACCAUGGCAACACCGAGAUGGGAGAAACGGGGAGCAGCUCUUCUUACAUGAACGGCAGCGAGAGCUUCCACAACUUUCCUCUUCCACCACCUCCUCCUCUGGUGAUUGCUCCAGAGAGUUUUGAGGAGCAGAUGAUGAUGGCUAUGGCUGUGUCUUUGGCGGAGGUUCAUGCCACGACCACCACAAGUGCACCAACUGAAGUUACUUGGCAAUAAGUAAGUAGGGGCCUAGUAGUAAUGGAAACUCAAUGCGUGUAUUUUCACUUCAUUCAUAUAAAUGUUUGUUCCUAUAGGAAAGAAGAAAAAAAAAAAACACAGUAAUUUUCAGAUUUAAUAGAAAGAGUUGGGAACU